UUUGGAACAUUUUGAGAAGCGUACUUAUCAUCGAGGUAAUGCAAUGGAUGUACUUAACUUGAGGAUGUUCAGGCGCUUCUGUAGUUCACUUUUUACCGUUCAGCUGUUGUCCAUAACAUGACUUUCGAAAACCCGAUUUACUGGUGAGAAUUGUUCCGGGCACGAUUAAAAAGAAGAAUUACUGUUAAUUCAAUCCCACACAAGAGCAUGCCUAGGCAUUAGCAGCACUAUUGACAGUGAUGGAGGCUGAUCAGCCGCCCCUCGAAGAACGUGACGGGGCCCAAGAGCAAAUGACUGUAGCCAGCCCGCUGGACGACAUCGAGUCCAUAUGCAGCGAGUUGGAGAACGUCCAGCUGACUGAUGACGAGACGACGACCCUGCUCCACGAAGCGCUGGAGCUGAACAAGCGGCUUAAAGAAGAGCUGAGGAGACGGGAGGUGGACGACGGGAGAGCCCGGGACGCGACUGUCGGUGGUGCUGGGGUGGGCAGGAGGGGGGAUGCAGUCAGCGCAUCGCUUCCGCCCAUCCAUCCCAAGAAAGGCCUGUCCGUCACUCAGCGGCGCAUCUACAAUUCGGUCGAGAUGGGAGAGCGUUCUCACAAGACGAAGAACAGAAGAGUGGCCGUCGGUGCAGGGCAGAGGAAGGCUCACAGUGCUGAUGGUGGUCAUCAGCAAACUGCCUCGCCCUUGACUCGCCCCCGAGCGAGGGGAACCCAGUCGGCCGAAUCCAAACAAAGACCAGAAUGGAAUGACAGGUUUUCGUUUUAAGAGAACAAUACCUACAUCAUUUUAAAUUCUUCUGGUCCAAUUUCUUUAUUCCUAUAUGUUGAGGUACACUGACUGAUCCAGAAGCAGUUUUGGGGGCCAAAUGUUUUUUGGGAGUGCCCCAAAAUUUUGGAAACUUUUCAUGUAACCUUUUUGCUUUUCUGAGACAUGAGCUAUUGAGCUUGCAUUUCGGAGCAUUCUACGUGCCAAAAGCAUCAACCCUAGCACUCCUUAAUCCCCUGUCAGAGGAUUGAGGACUACAUGUAAGCCUGUAGAUUUUUAUCAGGAUGCUGCCAUGUUUGUCAUGUUCGCUGUAGCCCCGUCAGCAAUAACAGCACAACCUCACAUGUUGAUAAAAAGGAAUAGGUGGUUUUUUCUUGGCCUCAGGUGGCCUCAGGGUGUGUCCAAAACGGGCUUCCAGAGCUACGGCUGGGUCUAUUGUCUGCAUGUCUCCACGUAUUUCUAAUGGAGUGAAGACCUAGACCUAGCUCUGGACAACAGAUUUGGAUGCAGCCUACAUUUGGUUACGUAGCUUUGACUCUUAGAAAAGCAAGAUGUCUUCCUGUGACAGAGGUCUACACAAUAGGAAGUGGGUUCACAUGUUGGCAGAUGCUUUCAUCAGCACUCAUGUGUUGCAGCCCAAAGCCAAGAACAUGCAAUUUUCAUGAUCAGUGUACAUGGACAAAAGAAGCCACGACCAAAAGUGGAGCUUCUUGAUUGCAAAAAGCAAACUGCUCACAUGUGUUAAACCCUACAAACGAGGUGGUUAUGGGUUUGUUUCAGCUGUAAGUAAAUGUUUUGUGUUGGUAACAAUAUUUAAGGUGUUUGAGCUGCAUUUUAAGUGUAAAAACCAAAAAUUCAGUAACUGAUUGAAGUUUAAACGCAAGUUCUCUGUGUACUUUCUGUCCACUAGCUCUAUGCGAAUUCCACAUGGAUGGGUUACUGCAUCGGUACGCAAUUUAUUCACAUACAUGAUGAUGAAUAUGUAAAUAUGCAAAUGCUGAAAUGAAAAUAACAAAUGGACAAGGGCUGACUGUAUAGCCUAUUACUUUCCAUCACUCGACAGGGUAGGCAUAUGCAGGUGUGACAAUUUUGUAUUCGUUACAAUGGACGGCUGACAAUCAUUUGGGAAGUGUUUCUGUGUAGAGCUGUACAGGAUACAUGUACAUUUGAAGCAAGAUAACAGAGAGAACCCCCCCUGCCUUUGUGUUGGUCAUUAUUUGAUCGGA